AUGAGAAAACUGGUGACGUAUUUCACUGAAGCUUUAGCUCAGAGGAUUUAUAGAUUAUACCCUCAAAACCCACUCGACAACUCUUUAUCGGAUGUUCUUCACAUGGACUUUUGCGAGGCCAACCCUUGUCUAAAGUUCGCUAAUUUCACGACCAAUAAAGCAAUUCUUGAAGGUUUUGAAGGCAAGAAAGGAGUCCAUUUUAUCGAUUUCUCAAUGAACCAACACAUGAAAUGGCCUGCUUUGAUGCAAGCUUUAGCUUUAAGAGUCGGUUGUCUACCGACAUUCGGACCUCCCAGUCACGACGACUCCGAUCAUCUGCAGGAACUUGGUUGGAAGUUAGAUCAGUUAGCUAAAAAGAGUCACGACGUAGAGGAGAACGACGAGUGUUUGAUGUUGGGUUAA